CAAGAAAAAAGAGCAUUAGAACAAUAUUGAAUUAACUCUUAGUACUUUAUUAUCAGAAGUUAACUUACUGUUUUUAAGGGGAUAGACACACGACAAAACUUCAAGAUGAUCUUUGCUCUUGUUAAUGUAAUUGUUGAAGGAUACCUUUUAGUUUGGCGUAUUGAAAGUUUGUACGAUGGGUCCACAGUAUCAAGAGAACUAUUAUAUACAUGUCCAUGGGUAUGUUGGAAUAAUAAAAACAGAAAGGCGUUAUUAAUAACAUUAACAGCCCUUCAGCCAUUAAGAGUACGUUCCUUCGGCGGUGCUGUAGUCAACAACGAAUAUUUUAAAGAGGUGCUAAAAACAGUCUAUUCAAUAGUGGCCGUAGCAGUAAAAUUUAAAUAAAUAUAAAUAACCCAAUAAAUGAUCGUUUUGGAGUGUAAUUUCCAGGGGCAACUCCGAAUUGCAUGAAAAUUUAGAUUUAGGUCCUACUUACCCUUCACUUCACAGUUGAAUUUGUGCCGUUGGUUGCUUUUACUUGGGGGGUGACCGGAAAUGGAUAAACUGACUUAUUUUAAGUACCUUUUGUUCUAUAAAGUUUUUUACGUAAGUCAAUACUUUUCGAGUUAUUCGCGAUUUAAAACGUUGAUUUUUCGACAAAAAAAUUACGUUUUCAGACCGUUUUUCCCAAAUGACUAAAAAAGUAAAUAUUUUAU